CUGACGAUAGCCACAUGCCUCUGAGUCCGGCUGCUGACACCAAACAUGAUCGCCCGCGACAACAGGCGGUUACUAACGGCAACCCGACAGGCUCUGCUGUUGCCAGGGACGACGACGCGGAUGACACGCCCCCUGGAAACAGCAUUGUCGUCCGCAUUGGCAUCCCGGACCUGCAGCAGACGAAGUGUUUGCGGUUGGACCCAGAGUUACCAGUUUGGACCAGUAAGCAGAGGGUUCUGGUGACGUUGACUCAGUCUCUGUCGGAUGUUUUGAACUAUGGUCUCUUCCAGCCGGCGUUCAACGGCCGAGCCGGAAAGUUUCUGGACGAGGAGCGCCUGCUGAAGGAGUAUCCUCUGCCCCCCAUCACACCCAUCCCCUACCUGGAGUUUCGUUAUAAGAGGAGAGUUUACACACAGAGCUACGUGGACGAUAAACAGCUGGCCAAGUUACACACCAAGGCCAACCUGAAGCGGUUCAUGGAGCACGUUCAUCAGAAGAACGUGGAGAAAGUUUCCAAAUGGCUGGAGAAAGGCCUGGACCCCAACUUCCACGACUCUGACAGUGGGGAGUGUCCUCUGACUCUGGCCGUGCAGUUGGAGGAGAGUUGCGAGCUGAUUAAAGUCCUUCGCAGCGGUGGAGCUCACCUGGACUUCAGGACCAGAGAUGGCAUCACAGCCCUGCACCGAGCCGUCCUCUGCAGGAACAGCGCUGCUCUGACUACCCUGCUGGACCUGGGCGCGUCUCCGGACUACAAGGACAGCAGAGGUCUCACUCCUCUCUAUCACUCUGCCAUGGUGGGUGGUGCCCCCUACUGCUGUGAGCUGCUGCUGCAGGACCACGCCAGCAUCGGGAUGACUGAUGAGAAUGGGUGGCAGGAAAUCCACCAGGCAUGUCGCUAUGGUAACGUGCAGCACUUGGAGCACCUGCUGUUCUAUGGCGCUGACAUGAGUUCCCAGAAUGCAUCGGGAAACACCGCACUGCACCUCUGUGCACUCUACAACCAGGACAGCUGUGCCAGAGUGCUGCUGUUCAGAGGAGCAAACAAGGACAUCAAGAACUACAACAACCAGACUGCCUUUCAGGUGGCGAUCAUUGCUGGGAACUUUGAACUUGCAGAAAUCAUUAAGAUCCACAAAACCUCUGAUGUUGUUCCCUUCAGAGAAACUCCCUCCUACACCAAACGACGCCGGGGUGGCGUGACCAGGCCGUCGGCUGGAAAUGGUCUUUCAUCUCCACGUUCUCUGAUUCGCUCAGCCAGUGACAACGCUCUGGAAAGCCCCGCCUCCUCUCCUGGCCCCUCCCUCCAAAGCCUGGAGACACACCACGACACUCACACACACUCGCUACGACGACACACACGCCGACUCAGCCCGAGCGGUGGAGGUCAUGUGGAGACCAGUCCCCCGUCCUCCCCUCCCCUGACCCCCCAGAUGAGGAAGAGGAGGCUGUAUAGUGCCGUACCCGGACGCACCUUCAUCGCCACCCGAUCCCACGUCCCCCAGGGGCCCGGCGAGAUCCAACUGCACCGAGGCGAGAGAGUGAAAGUGCUGUCUAUAGGUGAGGGAGGAUUCUGGGAAGGAAGUGUUAAAGGAAGAACUGGUUGGUUUCCUGCUGAGUGUGUUGAAGAAGUCCAGAUGAGACAAUACGACCCCAGACUGGAGACGAGGGAGGACCGCACUAAGAGACUGUUCAGACAUUAUACUGUAGGAUCCUAUGACAACUACACCUCCUACAGUGACUACGUGAUCGAGGAGAAGACGGCCGUGCUGCAGAAGAGAGAGAGCGAGGGAUUCGGCUUCGUCCUCAGAGGAGCUAAAGCUGAGACGCCCAUCGAGGAGUUUGCCCCCACCCCGGCCUUUCCCGCUCUUCAGUACCUGGAGUCAGUGGACCAGGGGGGUGUGGCUUGGAGGGCGGGGCUACGGACUGGAGACUUUCUCAUAGAGGUGAACGGCAGCGACGUGGUGAAGGUGGGACACCGGCAGGUAGUCAGUCUGAUCCGACAGGGAGGAAGUCGCCUGCUGAUGAAAGUCGUGUCUGUUUCCAGAAAAUCUGAGUCCAACCUGAUCAGGAAGAAAGCUCCACCCCCUCCGAAACGAGCCCCCAGCACCUCGCUCACACUUCGAUCCAAGUCCAUGACCGCUGACCUGGAGGAGAUAGAGAAACUGGACGAGAUGUUGGCCAGCGGUCAGCAGGAAGUCGUUCUGAGGGGCCGUCCGUCAGACGACUUUAGAGCGGCGACGGUCAAACAGCGGCCAACGAGCCGACGAAUCACGCAGGCCGAGAUUAAUUCGCUGUUUGAGCGGCAGGGUCUGGUGCCUCCCUCCGCCCCAGAGAAGAGCACCAUGGCUUUACCCAGGGGAAUGUCAAGAACAAAGAGUUUUGGCACACCUGAGGACGACAGGAUCACCGCUCUGAUCAAUGAGAGUCGGUUUCCACGGAGCUCCUCGCUGACGGACAGCUUCAUCCCUCCUCCUCCUCAGACAGCCCCGCCUCCUCCUCCCUCCGCCGCCUCCUCCACCUCCUCGCUCUUCCUCCUCGACUCCGGCCCGCCUCCCUCCUUCCUCCCCCCUCCACCCCCGGCCCGAGGGGAGGGGCUGACUCGCUCCAGCUUCAAGCCGGGAGCAGAGCCGCGGCUGCAGGAACUCUCCGAUUCGCCGACGAGGAGCCACGCCCACGCCGAGCGGCAGAGGAAGGCGAGGUCGAUGAUCAUCCUGCAGGACACGCCACCGCCGCUGCAGCCUGACGCGCAUGCCGCCGCUGCAACGCACACGCUGCACACUGCCACACACACCGCCACACACACGCUUCACACUGCCACGCAUACCUCCACACUGUCUCUCCACAGCACCAGCCCCGCCCUUGGCCACUCACCACUGUCACGCCGUCGGGGUCGACCAAUAGAAAACCCUUAUGCUAAUGUGGGACAGCAGGCACCACCCACCAAACCACAGAGGAGGAAGUCACCUUUGUUGAAACAGCUUCCUGUAGAGGAGCAGGGACUUGGAAUCAAAGAUCAUGAUCCAUCCAAAUUAGACGGAGGCGGGCCUGGCAGCCCCAGCAGGGCGGAGUUGUACCAGCAGCAGGUUCUUUCAGAGCGCGCUCGGGUUCAGGGGCGCAGGUCGUCUCUCUUCCUGUCUGUUGAAGGGGCGGGAUCAGAAAACCAGGUGCCGCCGCUCCUGACUCAGAGCCAUUCAAUGGAUGACCUCGGCGAGCUUCCUCCUCCCGCCCCGGUCCUAUCACCUUCACCGACACCUCACACCUUCCUCCACCCACUGACAGGGAAACCGCUGGACCCCUCCUCUCCACUCGCUCUGGCACUUGCUGCACGAGAACGAGCACUUACCGCCCGAACACCAAGCCCCGAGCCUCGGACUAAACAUGCAUCAGCCUCCACUACGCCCAUACCCACCCCAGCCGCCAGCCCCGAGGGCAGACACAAGCGCACCCCUAUGGCCACCCCGCAGAGCAGCCCUGAGCCCCGAUCCAAGCGCACCACCCCACAGACGAGCCCAGAGCAGCGAACCAAGCGCACUACUCCUCAAACCAGCCCUGAGCUGAGGCAUAAACGCAUAACCCCACCCCUGUUCCCUGAUGGACAGGUGGAGCGUCCAGAAACAGAGGGAGGAGUGACGUCACCUGCCGGCCCCUCACCUGAACGUUGGAGACCUUCCCCUUUGCCACCGCUGGCCAGUGAGAGUCACUCUGCUCUGAUUGACAGGCGCAGAAGUCUCACAGUGGGCAGCUCAGAGGAGGAGGGCGGGGCUUACACAGUGACACUCCCACCAGCAUUGUUGUCAUCCAGUGAUGAGGAAACUAGGGAGGAACUGCGGAGGAUCGGUCUGGUGACUCCUCCCCCUGCCUUUGCCACUGCUCCUGCUCCUCCUCCCCCAUCCUCCCUCACCCUAUUGCCACGACGAGGUGGGGAGGGAGGGGGAGUAGAGAGUGGUCCUGACUCCCUGGGUAGACGAGGAGAGGAGGAUGAAGGAGGUGAUGAACGGCUCCAUGACAGCUCCUCCUCCCCCAGCUCACUCCCUCCCUCCAUCACUUUGGCCUCUCCUCCUGCUCCAUCCUCCCCCUCCUCCCCACCUGCUGCUCACCCAUCUCCUUCAUCCGCCGCCACUUCCCCAUCAGGCCUAAAGCCUCGCCUUCGUUCGCCAAUUGGCAGGGGCCGCUCGGCGCUUCGAGACCCGCUGCUGAAGCAAUCUUCAGACAGUGAGCUCCUCCCCUCUGCUGCAUCCUCCUCCUCGCCCUCCUCGCCACUGUGUUCAUCCCCCACAGGUGGCGGUGGCCGGCAGCCACGCUACCUAUUUCAGAGGAGGUCCAAGCUGUGGGGGGGUGGGGACGACCGUGGGGACGAACGCCGGGGCCUGAGCCCGGAGGAAGGAGGAGGCCGUCCGGCAGCGUUGGGAGGUCAGGGGUCAGGGUCAGCUAUGGAUCUGAGCAGCCGGUCGGCUUCAGCCCUGGAGCUGAGCGGCAGGGCAGGGUCUGGACUGGAUCUGGCUAAUCGGCUACAGCUGCUCAACAAAGACAGUCACUCUCUGGGGGAGGAGCCGAGCCCCCUCGACCCGGGCCGGAGGUCACCAGUAGGAGGUGCCAGGUUGUUCUCCAGCCUCGGUGAACUUCACACCAUCUCCCAGCGAGGAUACGGCGCCAGCUAUACAGUCCGACCAGGAAGUCGCUACCCAGUUACCCGUCGGAGCCCCUCCCCCUCUCCCUCCCCCUCUGAUAGGUCAAUAGGGCUCACCUCCUCCCCCGCGCCCUGCUCUGAAAGGCCAGAUCUGAGCUCGGGUCGCGGUCUGACCAUCCUGAAGUCGUCCAGUCUCAGUCUCCCCUCCGAACCAAAGGAGGUUCGGUUUGUGAUGCGAAGCGCAAGCGCACGAACCAGGUCCCGUUCCCCUUCACCUUCACCUCACGCUUCACCUUGUCCCUCCCCAGUCCUCAGUGGCCCCCUGUUGGCCCUUCGGCCAUGGAGGCAGCGGCCCCUCAACCUGUGGAAUAAAUAUGACGUGGGUGACUGGCUGGAGAGCGUGGGCCUGGCCGAACACCGCCAGCGCUUCCAGGAGCACGAGAUCGAAGGCUCCCAUCUCCCCGCCCUCACCAAGGAGGACUAUGUGGAGCUGGGUGUCACCAGACUGGGACACCGUAUCAACAUCGAGAGGGCACUCAGACAGCUGCUGGAUGGUUCCACUUGACCCCUCACCUCUGACCACUAACCUCUAGACAUCCUGAAUUGUGACCUCAUAACCCCUGACUUCUGGUCAGACACUAGGCCAUGUCUUUGACUAGGAUAUCUUUGCAGUGACUGAAUCUUUAGACCUUUUUACCAACGUGGAACCCAGCUCUCUGAGUGAUCUCAGUGGCAUUUUGUCUCAUCAGCUCUUUGAUCAACUCAGUGUUGUGAAGAGUGUUAGCACCACAGCUCUGUGUCCGGCGUUCAGCUUUGGUUUGACGUCUGUUAACAUCUAGUGCCUACUAGUGCUACAUCUCAGGUUUCAUCAGAUCUGUGGACAAUAGAAUUUAUCAGCAGCACAACAGCUGACAGAUUCUUAUCAGUGAAAACUAGUCAAAUGAAUUCACACAGAGACGACAACACUGUCCAUUAUGGCUACAAACAAUUGAUUUCUCAAUUAAUCAUUUAGUC